UCGGGGUGACGUCACGUGACGCCGAGUAUUCGGACGACGACUCCUGAAACUCGUGAAAACGACUUUUCCAUUAUUUUUGCACGCUCUAAUAUUUGUCUUUCUCUUAUAUCGGAAAUUUAUUUUUUGACUAUCAGCUGUCAUAUUUUUGUUUGUCGAAUUAAUAUUUUUUUCAAUCACGUCGUAAUGAAAGUAAUUCGAUUUUCUUCAUUUUUCGAACAUUUCUGAAUUCUAUGCGAGAGGCAUCAAUUGAAAGAUAAAAAAGUGAUAUUGUGGAAGAAAGAGAUAGAGAGAGAGAGAGAGAGAGAAAGAAAAAAAGAGAAAGAAGGAGAUAGAAAAAGGUUCGAACGAAAAUGGCGCGUAGAGACGAAAGAAAAAGAAGGAUCGUACGAUAGAGAAGACUUUGGCCGAGAAGCGCAUGAACCAAAUGGUUAAGGAAUACGAUCGAGCAGGCAUAUCGUACUGGUCGACUGGUAGUCGUUCUCCGUCGAGCUUGACGAAAGCACGUGUUACUUACGUCAACGAAUCCACCAUCAGCACUAUUACCAACAAAAGCACGACUGGGAUACCAGUAAUAUCGGUUGCGAUCACGUCACUAGCAUCACUAUUAUCGCGAAGUAAAGGAUCGUAGGCACCAUUGGGCAUUCUCUCGUCCUUCAACCCUUUAUCCCCUCCACAAUCGAAACGAUCUAGUACAUAUCUCGUGGUCCGAGAUAGAAGAGCAUCCGAAUUCAUAGUACUAUCCUUCAGUACUUCGAGUAAAGCGGUAGCAACCGUAAGAUCUUCGGUCUUUAUUAUAAUUUCCGUCUCAGGAUGUUUCUCGCGUUUAUUGCUUUUUUCUUCACCAUCGUUGGUACUCGAGCCGAAAUUUUUACCAAUAGUUUCCUCGUUAAAAUGAGGCAACCGGCUGAAAGAUAUUUGGCUGAUCAAGUUGCUGCUAGAAACGGAUUUGUCAAUCUUGGACCGAUCCUAGGAAGUCAAAUGGAAUAUCAUUUCGUUCACAAAGCUCUACCACAUGCACGGAGUAAAAGAUCCGCACCUCAUAUGCGACGUUUGAAGGUAGAUCCAUUGGUACAUACAGCUGUUCAACAACUUGGAUUUAAAAGAGUAAAGAGAGGUUACAACACAUUUACCACGGAUAAUAUCGCAUCUUUAUAUGUUGAUAAAAAUUCACCGAAUCCAGCAAAUAGAAAUCCAACCGAUCCUUAUUUUCAAUUUCAAUGGUACUUAAAAAAUACUGGGCAAAAUGGAGGAAAACCUAAAUUGGAUCUCAAUGUUGAAGCUGCUUGGGCACAAGGUGUUACUGGAAAAAACGUGACCACUGCUAUCAUGGACGAUGGUGUUGAUUACAUGCAUCCGGACUUGAAAUAUAACUACAACGCUAAAGCUUCUUACGAUUUUAGCAGUAACGAUCCAUUCCCAUAUCCAAGAUAUACCGACGAUUGGUUUAACAGCCAUGGCACCAGAUGUGCCGGUGAAGUAGCAGCAGCUCGAGACAAUGGGGUUUGUGGUGUCGGUGUGGCGUACGAUUCGAAAAUUGCUGGAAUACGGAUGCUGGAUCAGCCUUAUAUGACUGAUUUGAUCGAAGCGAAUAGUAUGGGUCACGAACCUGAUCUGAUCGAUAUUUAUAGUGCCUCAUGGGGCCCAACAGAUGAUGGGAAGACCGUUGAUGGUCCACGAAAUGCGACCAUGACGGCCAUCGUACGUGGAGUUAACGAGGGUAGAAAAGGUUUAGGCAAUAUUUAUGUCUGGGCUUCUGGUGAUGGUGGAGAAGAGGACGAUUGUAAUUGCGAUGGAUAUGCAGCGAGUAUGUGGACUGUGAGCAUAAACAGUGCCAUUAACGAUGGUCAAAAUGCCCAUUACGAUGAAAGUUGUUCCAGUACGUUAGCUUCGACCUUUAGUAAUGGCGCGAAAGAUCCUAAUACCGGUGUGGCUACAACCGAUCUUUAUGGAAAAUGUACGACGACUCAUAGUGGAACAUCAGCUGCGGCGCCGGAAGCUGCAGGGGUGUUUGCUUUGGCCCUCGAAGCCAAUUCACAGUUGACUUGGAGGGACAUUCAACACUUGACGGUAUUGACCUCAAAAAGGAAUUCGUUGUUCGAUGCUAAAGGAAGAUUUCAUUGGACUAUGAACGGCGUUGGACUAGAAUUUAAUCAUCUAUUUGGUUAUGGUGUUCUCGAUGCUGGUGCUAUGGUGGCUUUGGCUAAGAAAUGGAAAACUGUACCUCCUAGAUAUCAUUGCGAAGCUGGUUCUGUCAUCGAGCCACAGAAAGUUACCAGUGAACGGUCGUUUCUGUUGAAAAUCAAGACCGACGCUUGUGCUGGCACGGAAUAUGCUGUUAACUACUUAGAACACGUUCAAGCAGUUAUUUCGAUAAAUGCUACCCGUCGAGGAGAUUUAGAAUUGUUCCUAACUUCACCGAUGGGAACUAGGUCGAUGAUAUUAAGUCGCAGAAUUAAUGACGAUGAUCAUAGAGAUGGAUUUACAAAGUGGCCGUUCAUGACAACUCACACUUGGGGCGAAUAUCCUCAAGGAACUUGGUUGUUAGAGGUUAGCUUAAACUCGCAAAUACCUCAACAUGGUUGGAUCAGAGAAUGGACAUUGAUGUUACAUGGUACUAGAGAACCACCAUAUACCGGAUUACCAGCUGCAGAUCCAUAUUCAAAAUUGGCAAUCGUGAAAAAAGCUCACGAAGAACGUUCCAAUGCGAUGUAACGAUAAACGACCGACAUUUAAGAUGGAUGCUCGAAAUUAAAAAUGUUCGUGUGAAAUUUCUAUUUUUUAUUAUUAUUAUCUUUUUUUAUCUUUUUCUUUUCGCAUUCGCGUUUACGAGAACAUCGAGAUUAAUCUUUAUUAAUCUUACAUACUUCUCUAAAAUCUCUCUCAAAUUUGCCAGAAGAUGAAAACAAAAAAGAAAGAGAACAGCAUUUUAAAGAUUUUCUUCAAUCGCACGUACAUUUUUCGAGCUGAUGUUAGGAAAGAGUUCAAAAAAAAUAAAAUAAAAUAAAAUAAAAUAAAAUAAAAAAGAAAAAGGCGACGAAACUCGACGAACGAGGUGCAACAAAUUUAACGAAACAAAGAAUAAAUAAGAAACAGAAAAAAAAUACAAAAAAGAAAAAAAUUUAAUAAAAAUCCACUUAUUCAACUUACACAGUAUGGAAAAGAUUUAUGAAAUGUUAAAAACAAAAAAAAGCUACAAUAAUAAUAAUAAUUAUAAUAUUAAUAAUAAUUAUUAUUAUAAUAACACAAAAGAAUAUGCACAUACAUAUGUCACAAACGCGCGUUUUCGGCUCGUGUGAGAAAAAAAUAUAUCGAGAAAGAGUAAAAUAGAUUGAGAUUGAGAUUGAGAGAGAGAGAGAGAGAGAGAGAGAGAGAGAGAGAGAGAGAGAGAGAGAGAGAGAGAGAGAGAGAGAGAGAGAGAGAGAGAGAGAGAGAGAGAGAGAUAUUGAAAUUUAAUAAAGAUUUAUAAUAAACGAAAUGAUUCAAUUGAAAAUUUAGUUUCUCUAUUUCAAUGGGAACGAAUUUGAGCCUAACGCGCGCGUAGUAGUCUUUUUGGGAACAAUAAUAAUUUAUUGUGUAAAAGAAAGUCGUGCUCGCUAAUUCGACGAGCCCGUCCAAAAAAGUUUUAGCAGAGAUAUUUCAUUAAAUUCGUUCGUUAGCAGAGUUUCAUGGGGUGUUUAGAGUCGACAGCAAUGAUUAUGAAUGCAAAAGAGAGAAAGGGAGAAAAAGAGAACGAAAAAUUGCAUGAGAGCAUGAAAGAGAAAGACAAAAGAUCUGUGUCGGUCCAGGCGUGCCAACGUUCGAGUUUAUAAGCAAAAUCAAAUUUGAAAAAUUUUAACUAACAAUAUUGCUUAUAUGUUGUAGAUGUAUUCAAUGAAUCGCUUAUGAUUAAUUUUCUUAAUUUGUUGAGACAUCGACGUAUUUUUUGGAAGCAGUUUUCUUUAUCUUUUUACAGUGUAAAUAAGAAAAAAAAAAAGACAGUAAAAAAAAGAUUAGUAAUCUCCAUAAUUUGAAACGUGAAAAAUAGCUUUUUUAUACUUUGAUUCCUGCAGUUGUUUUUAUAUAUUUAUAUUAAGUUAUAUAUCGUUGAAGAACAGAUUUUAAUAUCUUGGAUGUUAAAUGUACAGGAUGAAUUGUAUAUUUAUUAAAUUCAUAAUUAAAAAGAUAAUCUAGGAAAUGGGGUGUAUUACACGUGUAAACAUCUUUUUAAAUUAUGCGAAGUUGAGAUAAAAUCUUUUAACUCUAUAAUUAAAAUACGAUAGACUUUUUUAAAUGACAUCACGUAAUACGAUUCAGCCUGUAUAAAAAAAAAAAGAUGAUUGUGUAUUUAAUUAAUGAUAUAAAAAAUAAUUUGUGAUGUAUUCUAAUCUCAUCUAUAUAUUUUUCGAAUUCUUCUAUACCGAUCAAUACUUCUCUUCCUUUUUCGAUUACAUUAUUUAUAUAAUAAGUAAUAAAAAAAUUUAAUGCUAAAUAAGAUUACUUUGACCAUAGAAAUCGUAGUUUUAAUCAACUAAAUCAAAAAAACAAGAACAAAUUCAUUUCUUGUUGAGAAGUCCUAAUAAAACGCACGAAUUUUUCUAGGCGACGUGUAUAUGCAUAUCUAUUAUUAUAUUGUUUUAUAAAAUAUUACUCUGGGAAAUGUUUAUAAUUUUAUAAAAAUAAUCAUAUUCAUUGUUCACUCUGAAGAUUAAUGAAGAAAAAAAGGACCAGCAUACAUAUCGACGAUGAUCCAUAAAUCUAUUUUACUAUUAUUGCACAAACUAAUCGUAAAAAAUUAAUAAUUUUUUAUCAAAUUUUAGAUUAAGGGAUUACGCCAUUUUUAAAUUUUAUAAAAAAUUCGAAAUUCCUUCUUUCUAUCUAUUUUCUAAUAUUCUGAAAUAUUCAAACAUUCAUAGUGAUUUUUGACGAAUUUUAUUUAAGUACCAUAAAAGAAUAAAUUAAUUAUUAAUAAAAAGGAGAUAUUAAAAUUAUUUGAUUGUUACAUUGUUAUAAUAUUUUAAUUGUUAAUUCUAAUUAAUUUUAUUCUAAAGUAUCUUCAACAAAUCUACAGAAAACAUCUGCACUUAUAUUAAUUAAAUAUAACAUAAAUUCUAAUCAGAAAUGAAAUAUUUAAAUUUCAAUAAUGGUGAAAUCUUUUAAUUAACAUUCGAAUUUAUCAUACACAAAAUACAUAAUGAGUCCAAGACUUAAAAAAAAAAACAUCGAUGUUUGCACGCAUGGACCAGUUUGAUCAAAGAACGUUAUCGACAAAAUCUUAUUUACAUUUCCAAUUUUAAACAUAAAUUUUCGCUUUCGCUUGAAUAUCAAUGAUUUAUUAGUAAGAAUAAACAAAAAAAAAAUAAUAAAGAUUCGAGAUGCAGUAUAUGUCCUUAUAUAGUAUACUAUAAGUGUCGUACGCUCGUUUAUCAAAGUUUCUACAUUAUAAAGCUAAUAUAGGUGUUGCAAAACACCUUUGCUAAGGUUCACGGUCGAAGAUCAUCUUACCGUGUUUACAAUGUUCUAACGCUUUAUCCAGUUAAGCUAUUUAGUGAUUGGCUGUUAAUGAAAGGUUUCCUAUGUAACAUUAGACUUCUUUUAAACUUACUUAAAUUGUCUAAAAUGAAUAUACAUACAGUAGAACCAUUAAUAUCAUUUCAGUUUUAUAAUUAAUUAUUUUGACAUUUUAUUUUUAUUAUUAUAAACAAACUAAAAUAUUAUGUAUACAAUAUAUCUAUUAUAAUAGAGAAAAUGUUUAAUAAUAAUUUAAACAAAAACUUCAUUUUUAUUAUUAUAAAUAAAAACAAGAUAUUAUGUACAAUAUAUACAAUGUAUCUCAAUCAUGAUGGAAAAUGCUUGAUAAUGAAUUAAUCUGAAAUUUUAUUUUGAUUAUUAUAAAAACAAUGAAACAUUAUGUACAAAAUAUCUAUUAGAAUGCAUGUUUAAUAAUGAGUUGUUCUUUACUUUAGUUAGUUGUUCUGAAACUAACUAACUAAAUUAUUUUAAUCAUUAUGGAAAGAAUGAAACAUUAGAUAUAAUCUAAUCUCAAGUAUAACUUAAUAAUGAUGGCAAAUGAAAUACAAUGUUUAAUAUUCAGAUAAUAAAGGUUCUACUGUAAUAACUACUAGUAAUAUUGAUUGUUUAAUUAAAAAACAAAGAAAAAUUUUCUUAUCAUUAUAUGUGAGACAAUAAUGUUGUCAUUAUUAUUUUGAUGUUCUGCUUCACAUACUUAAACCAGAUAUUUAUUAAAAACCACUGAAAUGUGCUUUGCAACAAAGAAGAAUAAUAUGCGUAAUAUUUGAAGUUGCUUUUAGCUAUUACACUGAUGUUUCUUGAUGCUAAUUAAUCAGAUUAAAUUGGAAAUAAAGAAAGAAAGAGCGAAUAAAUGUAUGUGCUUGUACGUAUGAAUGUAUGUGUGAGAGAGAUAAAGGAAGAAAGAGAAUUUAGAAAUAUAUAUCUAUUUUCAUUCUCGUUUUAAAGAGUCACUGAGAUAUGCAAAAGAAGUCACAAAGUCUACAGAUAAACUUUAUGUAGGUAUAUUAGAGAGAUGUAGAGAUCAGAAUUUGAAGAGAUAUAUCUAUAUAUAAAAAUACAUAUAUAUAAAUAAUACAUACUAUAUAUUAUAAUUAAAAUACAUUUAAUCGAAACCUCAUUCUGUACAUGAUGUACGCGACGACUAAAACAACAACAACAACAACAACAAUAACAACAACAAAAAAACAAAUAAAAUGUUUAUUUUUUGGCCUG